AUAGUUUUGUGAUGAUAAAUAAACGAUUAGGUUAGUUUUAUUUUGACAUGUCUCGAAACUUUAGAUCACCUCGUAGUCGAGAAAAACGAUUUUCAAUAGAUGAUGCAUUUGAAGAAGAAACAGACGAUGUGGAACAACGUGAAAGGACUCCACCAACUUCGGCUGGACAUAAUACAAAUAAUCCUACAGAUGCUAUGAGAAACUACAGACUGACCCAUGAGAUGUCUAGAGAUAGUGAUUCAUUAAUACAUGACGAUUCGUUAAGUGACUUGUCGGGUACAACAUUUUGUUGUACGCAUCCAAAAGUACGCGAAAAUUGGCGUAUGGUGCUUGCGGCUGUGACCCUUUUAAUUAUUGGUAUUGGUUUAUUAGCAACCGGUGCAAUGGCUCUAGCUGAUCCAGAUGCUGGGUUACAAGGCGCUGUUUUUUUAUUAGCUGGUCUUAUAUGUUUUGUACCUGGAGCAUACCACGUUGUAUUUAUUUAUAUGGCUGCUAGAGGACGACGUGGUUAUAGUUUUCAUCAGUUACCUUUAUUCACCUAAAAAAAAUAUUCCUCAUAUUUGGAGGUCGUGACAAGCUACGCAUAGUUUCAAUGAACAUUUUUAUUAUUGAAACGUAUUUUUAAUUGCAAGAACUAUGAGCUAUAUGAACAAAUAUUUAUACAAUAAGCGGAUGUUAAAAAUGCAGUCUAAUUAUCCACUGAAGUUUCAGAAACAAAAAAAUUAGAUAAACUUAAUUUUUGAAUAUGACUUAAUAUUUAUGCUGAUCUUGAGUGUGAUCAAAACACAGUACAGUAAAACUAAUCGUGAUUUAAAGAAACUUGUGAUCUCGUAUGAUAUUCUAAUCUACUAUUAAAUUUUAAAGGAGUUUUAAGUUUUCUCCCUUGUUUUUUAAUACUGUAUAAAGGACAUGCCAUAAUAACCUCACGCGAAGAAUACAAAAUUAUGAUAAAAAACAUUCCAAGCAAAACAGUCCCUAUAAUUAGAUUAAUUAUCUCAUCCUUAGGGAAGCACUUUAGAGGCGAUGAAAAUAGAGCGCGGUAAUUGUAUCGGAUUAGGGAGUAGAAAUGGCUAAUAAAUAUUCCAAAGCAAUCAGGGUGCCCCCAUCUAAAAAUCAUUUUUUAUAAUAAUAACGUGGAAAGGCAAAGUGUAAAAAUAACAGUAUUUUGUCGAUCAAAAAAUUUAUAUUCACAUUUUAUACUAACUUGUAGAAACAAUCAUGAUAUACUCGAAAUGUUUUAUAAACGCAGGUUAAAUACAGCAGUUAGUAUCUAUUCUGGUGCGAAGAGUCGACCCUAAUCUCUUAAAAACUUUUAUCUGUCACAACACACAGUCAUAACUUUUCGACAAUAAAAAUAAUAAGUUCCCAGUUGAAGAACAUAAAAUAGAAUAAAUUAGGAAAAAGUCUUUCAAAUUUUACCAUUUGAAUUUAAAACUCCUCAGUGGAUGUUAAUGAACAACUUCCUUAUGUGCUUAGAUUUAAAUACAUAUUUGAUUCGUAUAACAAAUGAAGUGGAGUUUGAAGUAAUUGAUAUAGCAAACUCUAAGGGAUCUAAAUUUAAAUUUAAUCUACAGUAUUGACUUUAAAUAAUUUGGUGCGUCAAAAUAAAAAGUUAAACACUGCCCCGGUUUCCCUCUCGUAGUUUUGUUCCUGAAAACAAGUAUUCGUGAUAAUUAAUAUAUUAUUAGCGAUACACCGGAUCUGCAUGAAAAACUUUACUGCUGGAAAUUAUUUUUCUCAAGAAUUUGGUAAGUUUGAAAUGUUGCACCAUCGUAAAAAAAUUUCGUCGUUUCAAAAUUCAUCGUGAGGAGAGUUUACCAUUAACACGAAAUGUUUCACCGCAUUUAAAAUCAGCAUUAACUAUAGAAAUAUUUUGUGUGAAUGAAAACAUAU